AUGAUUUUAGGAAUGAGAAUGGAGCUACUUGAUUUUAUGUUGAUUACCGCUAAUGUUUUCUUGCUGACGUGUUGGGAUUGGAGAAAGAUCCUUGAAGUUAUUAUGCUGGCACAAUUUGUUAUGAAGAAGAUUGGCAAUUUACAUUUCCUCACUGCACUAAGAUUGUACAGAAACAAACUUAGUGGUUCGAUCCCUACUUCUACAUGCAAUCUUACCAGCUUGAUUACCUUGUCAAUUGGUACAGAUUUUCUUUCCGGCAUCAUUCCUCGAGAAAUCGGGAAUCUAAGAUCUCUUAAAGCUCUACACCUUCAUCAAAAUCAAUUCUCCGGUCGAAUUCCUUCUUCUUUAUGUAAUCUCAGCAACUUACAUACUCUGUACGUGUAUCAAAAUCAACUUUAUGGUCCAUUCCCCGGAGAUAUAACAAAUCUAAGAUCUCUUGCAUUCUUAUCUUUGACAGAGAACAAAAUUAGUGAUUCAAUUCCUGCUGAUAUAGGAAAAUUAAGAUCUCUUACAAUGCUCUCUUUGUCUAAGAACAAAAUGACUGGUUUAAUCCCCACCUCUGUUGGUAAUUUGACAAAUUUAACUGAUUUAGUUCUCUAUGACAAUCAGUUAUAUGGGUCAUUACCAACAGAAUUCAGCAAACUAAACCAGUUGACACUAUUGUCUGUUGAUCACAACUCUCUCUCUGGGAGUAUACCAACUAGUAUAGGGUCUUGCAGCAAGCUUACAUAUCUGAACUUUGGCAACAACAAUUUCUCUGGAAAUAUUCCAAAUGAGCUCGAAAGAGCUGGAUCACUGGAAUGUCUACAAUUAAAUGACAACAGUCUCAAUGGUACUCUUUCCAAUUCAAUCGCUAAGCUUCAACACUUGAAAGUUCUAAACUUAGCGAAUAACAAGUUUGGAGGCAGUAUACCCACUGAGCUUGGUUUACUCCGCGAUCUACAAGUUCUUUCAUUAAGGUCGAACAAGUUCAUUGGGUCUAUCCCUGAAGAGAUAUUGUGUAUGCAUCAACUCCGCAUUCUGGAUUUAUCACAAAACUAUCUCACUGGUCAAAUUUCUAGAAAAAUAGGGAACCUGAAAAACUUAAUAAGUAGGCCUAAUGGCACAUCCAUGAUUAGCAAUGUUAGCGACGGGGAUGUGCAGUUUAAUAUGGUGGUGAAAGGGAUUAACGUCCCGGUUCAGAUACUAUUAAGUCAUAUCCCUUGGUCUGUUGGAGACAUGUCUGGUUUAGAGUCAUUGGAUUUAAGUUUCAAUGAAUUGUCCGGAAACAUCCCACAAUCCUUGACAUCAAUGGAUUCUCUUGGAUUUCUGAACUUAUCUUACAAUAAACUGAGUGGCAAGAUUCCACAAGGAACUCACUUUGAGACUUUGAGUUGGGAUGGAGAACGAUUUAUUGUGUGGACUACCCACGAAGAUAGUUUGCGAUGGUGA